CGUUUGCCGUACGGAGAAAGAAUCUAAUGGGCAGCACUUUUCACAUGAUUUUUCAUCCAAAUCAACAGUAUUAAUAUUGAUUAAUAUUCCAUAAUUGCUUUAUUUAUAGAAAUUAUUUAAGUUAAAAUAUAUUAUUGAACAAAUAUGCAUCAAAUUAAAAUAAUACCUUUUAUGAGGUUAUCAAAUAUUAUUGUUCAAAAAAAUUGGAGUUUAAAUAAUAAAUUUUCGAAUGUUGUCAAUCCACGUGAGCUCCUUGCACCAUCCUUUACGUUAUCCUCUAUUCAGAAAAGAGCAGCCCAUGCAAGACCAAAGUCAGCAAUUAUGACACGAUUUAAAGCUGUUAUUGCAGAUAGAUAUUAUUCAGUUAAAGACAAAAUUUAUUAUCAUGCAGUUCGGAAGUAUCUUUACAGAGCCAAAGGCUCGCUAUUGUACAGUUCUUGCUUUGAUAACUUUAAUUACAUAAGAUUUAUGACAGAGUAUAACAUGCCAGAUACGUUUUAUUCGUGGUUUUUGGUUACUGAAUUACAUGUAUGGAUGAUAAUGGUUAGAUUAAUGGCAGCAGGAACGGAUGGAUUUCAUAUAAGAAGCACUUUCGUCGCUGCUCUUUGGCAGGAUACGGACCAAAGAAAAAAACAACUUGGAGGUGUUAGAGAGUCAAAAGUACAACAUCACAUUGAAGAAUUGGGAAAUCAAUUUAAAGCUGCAAUUGCAGGCUAUGAUGAAGGUUUGAUGGGAAAUGAUGCCGUUUUAGCAGGAGCCGUGUGGAGAAGAAUUUUACAAAUGCAAUGUGAUGAUCCUGAAAUUGUUGAAAAAUUAGUUAAAUAUAUUCGCAUGACAUUACAUGAGUUCGACAAAAUGCCACAUGAAACUUUUAUAUUAGCAUCAAAAAUACAAUGGCUUGAUUAUAUGAAACCUGUUCAACAAUAAUAUUUUAGUAGAAAACAUGUACAGAUUAUAACUAUAAUUUUGUAAAUAAAAUAAGUUAAUUUUUUUCCAAUUUAAUGUAUUAUACAAAUUAUAAGAUCAUUGUAACUGUUGAAA